UAAAAGCAGCAGCAGGCGGUGCUCGGCUGCAGGAGAGCUGCUGGAGGGAGGCUGGAGUCAGCACCGCGUCCCCUCACCGACAGCCAGAGUGAGUGCCAGGGGCUGAGGUAUUUCGGGUGGAGGUGGGGUAAGUGAAGCAUCUCCCAGUGCUGCCGGUAGGCAUGCAGGGGGAAAGGGUUGGAGAUGGGGGCUGCAUGCAGGAGGGAAGAAGUGAUGGGUUUCAAGUGGAGGACAAAGGGGUUCUGUGGGAUCCCCACACAGCCAAGAGAAUAGGCAUGAAGCAGUAAGGGCAGCACUUAGAGCUGCUGUCCUCCCACUGACUGUGGGGCAGGGGCUGUGCACAGCAUGUGGAUAUGGAACCGAGCCCCAGGGAGGGAACCCUGCAAGCUGUGUACAGGGCAGGGACAGGGAUGUUACUGCUGUGCAAGGAGGCACGAUGCUGCUCCAUCAUCAUCAUGCUGUGAGCUAUGGGAGGGCUGUGCCCCCGCACUGUGUUCCCUGGGGUCUCAGUGUCGGGCUGUCCCCAGGCAUCCCACCUCAGAGCUGCAAUGGUGAUGCUGGCCGGUCUGAAACCCAUCCUGCUCCCACUGGUGCUGGUGCUGUGCCAGGCGGCUCCCAGCACACAGGAGCCGCAAGAGGUGCAGCUGCGGCUGGCAGGGCCCCGGGGACCGGCCGGGGAGGGUCGUCUGGAGGUGCUGUACCAGGGCCGCUGGGGCACCGUGUGUGACGAUGGCUUCGACUUCCACGUGGCCACCGUCGCCUGCCGGCAGCUGGGCUACACUGCAGCCAUCACCUGGACCCACAGUGCUACUUACGGCCAGGGGGAAGGUCCCAUCUGGUUAGACAAUGUGCAGUGUGGGGGCAAUGAGGUCUCCCUGGCUGAUUGUGCCCACAAUGGCUGGGGCACGAGUGACUGCCACCAUGGUGAGGAUGCCGGUGUGGUGUGCUCAGGGCAGCGUCUACACGGUGACUCUAAUUUGAUAUCUGCCCCUGCUGCACUGGGAGAGGGGCCAGGGCUGAGCUUGGAGGAGGUGCGGAUCAAACCCAUCCUGGCACGGGCUAAGCUGAGCAUGCCAGUGAUGGAAGGAGCGGUGGAGGUGAAGUACAAUGGGCGCUGGAGGCAGGUGUGUGAUGCUGGCUGGACCCAGAAUAACAGCCGUGUAGUGUGUGGGACACUGGGCUUCCCCCGCGAGAAGCGUGUCGACACCACCUUCUACAGGAAGCUCUGGAACAUGAAGCUGAAGGACCCCAGCUCCAGCCUGAGGAACCUGAGCCAGAAGAGCAGUUUCUGGGUGCACCGUGUGGAGUGCCAGGGCACAGAGCCCCACCUGUCACACUGCCCCACGCAGCUGGCUCCCCCAGCCCCCAGACAGCACGCCUGUCCCCGCGGCAUGCAUGCAGUUGUCAGCUGUGUGCCUGGCCCUGCCUUCCAGCAGAAGAAGAACAGGGGCGAGAAACCUCCCCGCAAAGCCUCUCUAGGAAAGGGUCUUCCCGUGCGCCUGCGAGCAGGUGCUCACGCUGGUGAGGGCCGGGUGGAGGUGCUGCGCCAUGGGCAGUGGGGCACCGUGUGUGGCCGGCGCUGGGACCUGGCAGCAGCCAGCGUGGUGUGUCGGCAGCUGGGUUAUGGCACGGCCAAGCAGGCGCUGCUGGGAGCACAGAUGGGUCAAGGCCUGGGGCCAAUCCACAUGAGUGAGGUGCGCUGCAUCGGCCAUGAGCGCUCCCUGGGUGAGUGCCACUUCCAGGACGGUGAGCAGAGUGGGUGCCGCCAUGAGGACGACGCGGCUGUCCGCUGCCACGUGCCCCAUAUGGACUUCCAGAGCCAGGUGCGCCUGGCUGGGGGCCGCAGCCCUGAGGAGGGUGUUGUGGAGGUGCUGGUACCAGUGCAGGGCAGGCUGCAGUGGGGCGCGGUGUGUGGAGCUCAGUGGGGGCUCAACGAAGCCAUGGUGGUCUGCAGGCAGCUGGGGUUGGGCUUUGCCAGCCAUGCCCUACAGGAGACCUGGUAUUGGGCAGGCAGCCCUGAUGCCUCGCAGGUGCUGAUGAGUGGGGUGCACUGCACAGGCACAGAGCUGGCCCUGCAGCAGUGCCAGCGCCACGGCCCCGUGCACUGCCCCAGUGGUGGGGGACGCUUCUCGGCAGGGGUCAGUUGUACCACCCAUGCCCCGGACCUGGUGAUGAACGCCCAGCUGGUGCAGGAGACAGCUUACCUAGAGGAUCGUCCAUUGGGGCUGCUGUACUGCGCCCAUGAGGAGCGCUGCCUGUCCCGCUCUGCUGACACCAUGCAGUGGCCCUACGGCCACCGCCGCCUGCUCCGCUUCUCCUCCCAGAUCCACAACCUGGGCAGAGCUGAUUUCCGACCCCGGAUGGGACGGCAUGCCUGGACCUGGCACCAAUGCCACCGGCACUACCACAGCAUGGAGGUCUUCACCCACUACGACAUCCUGACUCUCAAUGGCACCAAGGUGGCUGAGGGCCACAAAGCCAGCUUCUGCCUGGAGGACACCAACUGCCCUGAGGGGCUGCAGCGUCGCUUUGCCUGCGCCAACUUUGGGGAGCAGGGGGUGAGUGUGGGCUGCUGGGACACCUACCGGCACGACAUUGACUGCCAGUGGAUUGACAUCACCGAUGUGCCACCAGGCAGCUACACCUUCCAGGUGGUGGUGAACCCCAAGCACGAAGUGGCUGAGUCAGAUUUCUCCAACAAUGUGCUGCGGUGCCAGUGCAAGUACGAUGGGCAGCGCGUCUGGAUGCAUGGCUGUCACACAAGUGAUGCCUAUGGUGCUGACGUGGUGAGUGAGAUGGAGCGGCGUGAGCGCCUGGCCAACAACCUGGUGUAAGACUCCGUCUCACCCCACACUCAUGGGCACCCCAGCCCCUGCCCUGGCUGCAGCAGCACCUGCCUGAGCUCAGGGACUUGAUGCCUGCCCUAUUUAUUUCUGCUACCAUGGAGGAUGGAGAUGAGCAUCAUGGCUGGUGCAGGGGCCAAGCCCCAUGCUGCCGGGGGGACCCCAGCUCCAGUGCUCUGGUGCCCCCACCGGACAACUACCUCAGCCUGCCUGGCCCCAGGCACUGCCACCCAUGCACCGCCGCCCAUGCACCAGUUAUGUCUUCAAUAAAGGUGCUGUGCAAUGGGA